AUGGCGAUACUUGAUCGGCUAAACGACGACUUGAUUGAAAAUAGAUAUGGUGACAAUAACUUAGACGACAACAUUAUCGAGGAAGAUGAUUAUGACAAUUACGAAGAUGAAAUUCUCAAUCUUUUAUUUGAUGACGAUGAUGGGGCUGAGUCUGAAGAAGGUGACGAUGAUGAUGACGACGAUGACGACGAUGAUGACGACGAUGACGAUGACGAUGACGACGAUGACGAUGACGAUGACGAUGACGAGGACGAUGACGACGACGAUGACGAUGAAGACGAUGAAGACGAUGACGAUGACGAUGAAGAUGAAGAUGACUUCCCAGGUGAGGUUCCUACUAUUUGGUUUGCGAUCAAGCGUCUUGAUCAUGCGAUCAAAAAGCGGGAUAAAGCGAUGAAGAAACACAGGGAAGGAGCGAUUGAUUUGGAAGCUUUUCAAAUGAAACAAAAAUACAUUGCAGAAAGAAUUAAGAAAUGGCUAUUUUGGAUAAAUUUCAUUGAAGGUUUGUGA